AUGGCACCUUCAAGCACUCAAGACCUGUUCGAUGCUGAACAUCCCACCUCCAAAAGCAUCGACAAAACCGCUUCUGCCCAUCAGUACACCGCUCCGGACUUUGAACUCUUCCGCCACCUGGUGCCCCUAGUCUCCAGCGGCAAGACAACACACCUCAACGCAGCCUUCAUGCCCCCCUCAAAUCUCAUCGUCAACGAAGCUCUCUCCCGCUUCUGCUCGGAAGUCCUGCAUCAACCCUCUCCAAAAUCUCGCUGGAAAGAAGAUGUCGAGGCAGUUAGGGAACUACUGGGCAGGUACAUCAACACAGACCCAUCAACAAUCGCCUUUGUCAGGGACACCACCGAAGGCCUGGGAAGCUUCAUCCGCGGUCUCAAGUUCCAACCAGGCGACAACGUCGUGAUUCUCGACUGUGAACAUCCGAACCAAGCGUUCGCCUGGCUGACACUGCGUUCGGCUGGGCUGGAGGUCAGACUCGUCCCCACAGACCCGGAGAACCCAGUUGCAGCGGACGCGAAGACCUUUGCGCCGUACGUCGAUGAAAGGACCAGGGCGAUCGGGCUGAGCUCCAUCAUGUUCCACACGGGACAACGGAACGAUGUCGCGGAUGUCUGCAAGGCGUUCCGACACCGGGGAAUUCACGUUCUCGCGGACCUUACGCAACAAGUUGGAUUUGCUGCUGUCGAUGUGGAAGAAUUGGGUGUCUCGGCGGCGGCGUUCAGCCUGCACAAGGGCCUCAACUCGCCAACUGGCUUCGCGGCGCUGUACGUCGAUACACAAGUCAUCCAAGAGAUGGAUCCAGUGCCACCUAUUGUAGGCUACGGAGGCGUGAGCAGUGUUGGCGACUCGGAGGACUUUGCGGUCCCGGAAGGCCCCGUCGUCUUCCACCCUACCGCGAAGAGAUACGAGCACGCCAACAUGAGCUUUAUCUCAGCUGUGGCCGCAAGGGCAUUUCUCCAGUUUUAUCUCGAAGUGAUGGGCCCCAGAAAUCUCGAGCAGCGUCUGUAUAGUCUUGGAGACGCGCUGCGUCAAUCUUGCGCUGAAUUGGGUGUUGGCGUCAUUGGGCCAAGCGAGAGGAAACACCACGCACCACAUCUUCAUGUUCUUCGUUUGCAGGACCCGAGGUGGCCUGAACGCUUGGAGGCAGCAGGUAUUGUAGCGACAAAGUUUAGGACUGGCAUCAGAGUCUCUUUUGGCUUCUAUAGCAAUCUGGAAGAUGUCGAGAGAUUGAUGGCGGUGAUUCGGACAGGGCUUGAAAGCGGCAUUCCACCGUUGAGGAGCCUCCCGCAUCGGCGACAUCCCAUCGUCCCCUCAACUUCCCACCUUCAUCAACCUCAACCUUCUCGAACCCGCGUUGUCUCCGCCUGGACGAUGCCUCCACACGAUCAGGAAACACCUCUUAAACCCACCAAGAGGAUAUCUUGCAAGAGAUGCCAGUACAGAAAAGUCAGUAACUUACAAUCCUCUGCCCAACUCUCCGCUGAGACAUCUCGCCAGUUCAAAUGCUCCCGUACCGAGCCAUGCCAAAACUGCAGCACGUCUAAUACGCCUUGCGAAUACCGCCCUGUAGAUCGUAAACGCGUCCCGGCCUCUCACGAGUAUGUCGCGAGCCUCGAGUCUCGCAUCUCAUGGCUCGAGACGUUUGUUCAAUCUCUCCGUGUCGCCACGCCAGAGCAGCGGGAGGAGAUGCUCAACUCCACGGCAGCUGCAGAGGGAAAGGGCCAUUCUCUUCCUAGUAGUUCUAACAAAGCUCAAGAAGAGAUCCGGACGGAUGAAGGAGCACCACUGGCACCAGGCAACUACAUAUCCCACCUCGGCAUCCACACCCGCUCAAGCGCAAACCUCGAGCUAGGCCUCGAAGGCUCCCUCAUCUACCAUGGCGCAACCUCCAUCUUCCGCGUCGACCUCCCUUCCACCUCCAAAGACCCAAGGGAUCCUGACAACACUACCACCGCUCUCCUCCGAGGAGGCGGCAUCGAAGCAAACUUUGAAUCUGUAAUGCAACACUUUGGCAUCGACGGCCCAUCCUCUCCCGCCGUUCUGCAGUCCCUAACCCAGUUCUUCCGCUGGCAAUAUCCGCACUUCAUGUUCAUCUACCGCGAGGCCUUUCUCCGUGACCAUUUCAGCAACGACGACGGUGAGUGUGAUGCCAACAAUGGUAGGAAUAACAGAAAAUACUGGUCCCCCGCCCUGCUCCUAUCUAUAUGCGCCCUCGGCGCGCUGGUCAGCUUAGAUACAAAAGCCUCGAGUGAGCGAUUUUUCCUCGCGGCGGAGAGCAUCAUCAUGGUGACCGGGCUCACAAGGCCGAGCGUUGCUACCGUCCAGGCGUUCCUAUGUCUUGCGCUCUACGAGAUUGGGAGGGGUAAUUUGUCCAAGGGUUGGGGGUACUCUGGAAUCGCCUUCCGCAUGGCCCAAGAUCUCGGCCUCCAACGAGACCCCAAAGGCUGGGUCCAGCACGACUCAUCCCUCGCAACACACGAAGACGUCGAGAUACGGAGGAGAAUCUACUGGGGCUGCUACAUCUCCGACAAGCUCAUCAGUCUGAUCCUCGGCCGGCCCGUGUACUUAGUCUACGAUGACGCCGAGGUCCAACCCAUGGAAACGCUGCCAGAACCCCCCGAAAUGAGUCUCUGGCGCCCCGUAGGCUUCGACGAAGAAUACAGAGAAUCCGCGCAAGCGAGCUCCAUGAUCCCAUACCUCCACGAACAGAUCCGCUUAUCGCGAAUCAUCGAGAGAAUGAUGUCGACGCUCUUCUCUCCGCGCUCCAACCUAGACGACCUCGGUCGGCGAGUCUGCUUCGAUAAUCUAAACCUAGACCUCAACCGGUGGCGCGAAUCGCUGCCCGAUUUUGCAAAAUGGCAAAAAUGGGGUGGAUCGUCAUCGAAGACAAUACCAGGAGUAUUGGCGUUGCACCUCCAAUUCCACAGUGCUCGCAUCGCCUUGAACUAUGAUCAGGCCAUUGCAUCCCGGGGAAGCGACGCGGACGAAAAGCCGCAGUCUUACUGCGUCACAUCCGCGCAGCACAUCACUUCCCUGGUACGCACUUAUCGAAGUCAGUAUGGGCUUCAACAUGCACCACUCGUGUUUGUAUACGGCGCUGUCCAAGCGAGCCGCUCAGCCAAGGCAUUCAACAUCACAGAAGAGAGCCAGUAUCUGAUCCAGAUGCUGGGAGAACUAUCAUCGGCUUGGAGCCUGUCAAGAGAAGUCAUGGCCAAAGUAUUGGACUGCUAA